GCGAAGAUCUCAGCCGGCCGUGAGCUUUUCAGCCGUAGAACUAUGCGAUGGGCACAUGGGGCGGCGAGGUCAUGGCCAGGCACUUCGUGUGACAUCGCCGCCACCGAGCCGCUUACCCCGACUUCAUUCGCCGCCGUCAUUCUGCCACCGCCAUCUCCCGUAUCCACGCCCGCUGCACAUCCCCCAGCUGCUCACGCAGGCCUUCCAAGCGUCGACGCGACCAGCUGCACAGCAUCGUUUGGCAUCUGAACCUCCGCAGACGCAGAGAUGGUCCGUGCACAUGUGAAGCAGACGGUGAGGCGGACUUCAGCCACAGCGCCACAAACAAGGGGUGGCUGAUGACGCGUCCCUCGCCGUUUUGGCACAGGAGGACAAGAAGGAGGCCCCAGCCAGGUCGUCGCCGCCCACGGCGUCGUCAUCGUCCUCAUCGGCGGCCAAGAAGAAGGCGGCGACGGACUCGACGACGUGGCCGUGCAAAAUCGACGGGUGCAACAAGGUGUUCGCGCGCGAGGCGGAUUUGAAGCGGCACCAGCGGACGACCAAGUCGCACUGCGUGCCCGCCUUGUGCGUCCUCCCGUCUCCUGGACCGAUCUCUGACGGAAGCAAAAUAAUUGUCGCAGCUCGUGUCCGCAAUGUGAUGCCAACUUUACGAGGGUACGUCUGUUCCGCAGAUCGCCAGGCGCGUC